AUGUCCAGCUCAUGGUGGAAACAGUCGGAGUGGGAACCUUCGUCGUCUUGGCGUUGGCAUUCGCAAUCGUCUUGGGAUGAGCAAGAUCAACCUUGGGCAGCCACUACCAAGCCGGCCGUGCCUGAGAAUGUUCCAGCUCCCAAGCCUAAGUUGUCUGACCACUUUCAAUCCGACGACAAGUUCUUUGAUCGGCAACCAGUCGGCAAAGGGUCGCAUCAGCUGUUUCGUCAUGUUCAGCCUACGGAAUGGUCACGAAAGAAUUCGUUGGCCGGUAGGCCCGUAGAAGACAUUCGAGCAUGGGAACUCAGCCACCGUGGUCUUUCUGAGUUCUCCUUUCGCCUCCUUAGUGAAGGCCGAUACCAAGGAAUUGUUUGGACAAGGUCCACAUCCGAAGCAGUGUUUCUUACCCAACUUUUGAAGAGAAUGAGAGAAGUUGGUGUAGAUAUCGAUGAAGUCGCCAGAACCUUUCACACCGACAGCCCACCUGACAAGCACAAGGAUGCUUCCAAGUUCAUGGGCAAAAUGUGUGAAUCCAUUGUUGACGAUCUCAAGAAGAGAGCACCUAUUGUUGACUCUACUGCCAGUGAAGAGUUGGCCCGGGCUAAAGCAAAGCUUGCCCAAGCGGGCCUUACACUUACUCCGACUAAGAGAUCUGCUGAAGACGAGCCUGAGAAUGCACCACUUCGGGCCAAGCCGAAGGCUAAAGCCAAGCAAGAACUUGGGCAAAGCCGCCCUUCUUCACUCGAUGCCCAGACGUUACUGCAGUUUCCUCCGGCUCGAAUUUUGGAUUCUCGACCUGUUGGUCCGAAGGAUGAACAAGUUGAAGAAUGGCUUCAAACUUUUAAGUCCAAGCCAGAUUUCAAAGGUCAGUUUGCCAAUUUGAAGAAGCAUGUUUUGGCAGUGCAGAAGAUCUUUGAGAGUGGAACUCCCAAAGCCACCAUCACAGCAGCGGCGGUUAAGUUUGGUCUAGAUGACAAGAUUGCGAGUCGUCUGACCAUUCGCAACCUUUCGACCACCAUUGCGGUUGCUCAGUUCACGCUUGUUAAAGGACAGGAAGCGCAGGCUGAGUUGGCCCUUCGAUAUUGGGCCUCCAAUCAGUCUAUUGAACAAUUUACAAUUUUUCAGGUUGCCACAUGUUCGGAUUAUCAAUCCGCGUGGGUUUUGGAGCAUUGCCUCAUUGAUGCGUGGCAACCAAAACUCAAUUUUCCGUUCAUUCAGUCCUUUCUGAAACGCUCCGCGCUGGGCUUUAAGCCAAGCAGACAAAGAAGAAUGUCGUCGUACAGCAAGUUUGGCAGAACCUCGUUUGAGAGAGCGAGACAACUCCGGUCUCAAUCGUUUGUUGAUGAUGAGAUUUACUCGCUCAUAAGACUCAGUGCCAAUCUUCAGGAACCUUUGCGAAGCAAAGCACGCAUGAUUCUGAAGUCUGUGGCCGGCUAUCGUAACAUGACAUGGCCGAAAGGAUCUUUAGGGAUCCAGUUGCAGUUUACUGCUGAUGAAAGGUUUCCACAAAGGAUGUCAAAAUGGCUCCGGUCGGUUAUAAUUCGGUUUAAGCAUGUGCUUGUUCCGUUUCACUUACCGUCUGCGUCAGUUCGAGAAAAGCCACAUCAGAGUCUCAAAGACUUCCUUCACAAUGUCCAGCAAUGGGAUAUGUGGCUCCAACAUAAUUCGUUUGAAGAAAUUCCGUGCACCUGUCAGUUCUACAAGCGUGUUCUUCCAGAUGAAUGUUUCACGUCUGGGCAUGUAACAGCCGGACUUGAGAUGUUGAACCAACUGCAUCCAGCAUGCAGUCGUUUGGGAACAGGAAGCGCGUCUUCCACCUUCUUUCCAGCUAAGCACAAAUUCGUUUCGGUUAACUGCAAGACGUUUCACCUCUGGAGAAAGAAGCAUGGCAUACCGGUCAACGUUGAGACCGAAUUUCAGGCUAUGCUUGAAGAAGAAUGGUACUGGCACAACGUGGCACUUAAAAGCUUUCCUCGUCUCACAUGGGCAGAUGUUUCUGCCGUCAGGAAGCGUUUGCGUCGGGAGUUUGUUGUGCAUUGUGAGGACCACGAGCCCAAUCAUGUGAUGGUAUUUUGUCCUCAGUUUUACUUUCAGUCGGCCAGAUGUACUUGGGAUGAUCCCGAGGUUUUUCACAAUCUCGAUGGAGACCCAGAGUCCUGGAGACAAUGGGUUCUUCAACAAGUGCCAGGCUACCUUCGAAAGAAGUAUCCCUGGGCCAUUGAUAGCAAAGGCAAGUUACCAAAUGGGUUUGUUUUCUUGAAAAGGAAGAAGAAGUUCGCCAAAGGCAGAACUAUCAUUUCCUAUUCGUUUACCCCGUUCAGUCGACUGUUGAAAGCCGCGUCCCACGCUAUUGUCCUCAUGAUUAAAGUUACAUGGGACAGAGCAUUUGGACUUGAACCUACUCCCAUUAUUUGGCAGAGAUUGCAUGAGUUCUUUAAAAGAACUCCUGCAGAAUCUCACCUGCUGGAAGUCAAUGAUGAUCUUGUCGGUUUCUUUAAUUCGGUGCCAAGAGAACAGAUUCUUCAUUCUCUUGAUGCUUUGAUUUCGAAGUAUUUGUCUUUGGGAUAUCCUCCUGAUAUCACGGUGUCGCUUAAGAAGGCUGUCUGUACAGAAACAGCCUGGCCGGGAAAACCCAAAGGAAAGUCGACCAAACAGGUCAAGUUCCUUAGGGUCCAAGACCUCCCAGACAUUGUCCAGUUGUCUUUUCGCGCCGGCGUUUUUCAGGCCAUUGGUCGCAUUUUCAAACAGCACCGGGGUACGUGUAUAGGAAAUCAAAUCAGCCCAGUGCUCAGCAGUCUCCCAGUUAUACAGCGGGAACUGUUUUGGCAGCAAGAGUGGGAUUUUCAGCUCACCUCCUGCAAGUUCUUUGAAAGACAAGCAUCACAAGCGUUUGUCUGCCGAUACGUUGAUAAUCGACUUCUUAUUUGUACAGAACAAGAAGUUAAUCUUCAGUGCUUUCGUGAUUUCAAACAUUUGUCUUUUUAUGGGUCGACCAUCCAGCUCGAGCCGGUUGAUGAUCAUCACUUUCUGGGCUUCGACAUUUCUGCUUCUAACCGGACUGUCACUUUUAAACAGCCGGUUAAGCCCUGGAAACUUAGGCAUGUGUCCAGCGCAGGUUCGUGGUCAGCUCGGGCAUCAGGCUUCUUUUCUCGUAAAGCCCUGAUUGUACAGUUUGCGUGGCCACCGUCCUCGCGCAAACAGCAAGUCGAACAUCUGCGCAAUUUGUAUUUGCGCCAGGGAUUUCCGUUGCGAGUCUUGCAGUGA